CAGCUUUUGUCGAAAAUGACAAUCAAAAGACUGUAUUAAAUUAUUCAUAUUUCGUACUAGUAGAGAAAUUAUAUACUUAUCAAAAAAUGUUACCAAAAUUCUUGUAUGUUGUUCUGGUCCUGCUAUUGACCAUCUUGCAUAUUUGCAGCCACUUGAAUCCCAUCAUCAAGGCCAAUGCCAUCAUUAAAACCAUCAAUUUCGAUUACACUCGUGAGCUGAAACUGCAUGUCGGCUAUAGAUACCAUAGUGGAUUCCUUUGGCAGGCUCUAGUCAAUUCCCUGAUCGUCAUUUAUGGUCUGUGGCGUUGUCAGCGAGCUGUUGACCAGCAGAAGCAGCGUCAACUUGACGCAUUGAAUCCACCUGUGAAUCAGAAUCGGAAUCUGAAUCAGACAAAUGGUCCUCUCACUGGCAAUCCUUACAUCUCGCCAGCGACGGAGGUGAAAUUGAAUUGGUUGCGUAGCCGAAGCAAGAUUCCUUCCAGUUGGCAACUGUUUCCGCUGCGUGUCUUUGCCUUGUACUCGAUGCCCUGGCUGCUCACAUUUCUGCUGAAUGGAUUCUUCGGAUAUACCGCAGUUAAUCUGGUCAUGCGAAACUUUUGCACCUCCCAACCGGAGGUUUUAAAGCUCUGCUUCCGUAUCCAGCGCCUCUAUCUACAAAACUGGCUGCCUCAUGGCAUUAGCCAUUAUGUGGCGAAAUUUCAUGGCGCAUUCGAGUUUCUGUUUGCGACACACACAAAUUUCAUAGCCUAUCCGACCGAUGUGCUGCUGGAAGGCGAUUGAAUUGGGCAUAAAUUAGAUAGUCAACGUUGGAUCAGUAACUGUUUUGGAAUCGGCUUUUUGGAUACUUUUUUGUUUUCUAUUUUCUGUAUUUGGCAACAAAAGAAUAAAACUGCAUUUUUUACAAAUUUGCGCAAUAACAACUCCA